AUGGGAAAUGCAGCUGAAAAAGGAUUUUCAAACGAAAACCCAGAAGUGGAUCGAAUCCUUGGGGAUCUCAAGAAAAACGAACGAGAAGUUCUCGCUGCGAAAAAGAACGCAGCUAAAGCUCAGCAAAAAGUCAAAAUGCUCCAGAAUAAGCGCUGGGACUUGGAAAUCGCGUUGAAAGACGCCUAUAAAAAGGCUCUCGGAAAAGACAAACGACCUGUGUGCCUAAGACCCAACGAGCUCGAUGCCGCAGCUUCCAAAAUCGAAAUCACUGAAGACUCUUCACUUGAAGUACAAUUCAGUGAAGAGUACCCCCUUUAG